CCGAGUCGUUUUUUGAGGUCCCGGGGCCCGGCGAGGGCCGCCAGAGGCCGAAGACGGGAAAAAAAACUCCGUCUUGACUUGUGCAGUGCGCCGGAUCUCUGGGCGCUUUCUCCGCGACGGAUCCGCCCAGCAGCGAUUUUUCAUGACGUCGACCCUCAGCGGUCUGGACCCAUUCCCCCGGACCGGCUUUUCGCCCCGAGUCGCUCUCUGACGGCCCCGAGGGCCGGUGAGGGCCCCCCGAGGCCACAAAUAGUGAAAAACCUCCCGUCGUGAUUUUUCACCACUCGAGGGGGCCUGGGCCUCUCGAGGAGCAGCAUUAGCGUCCACGGGGCGGCCUGCGCGGGGCCUGCGGCUCCCGGGGCACCCUCCCGAGGAGCGCCGGCCUCAGCACGGGCGCACCCGGCGUGCCUCGGUGAGGGGCGUCGCCCGCGCGCGGCCCCCCGCCGGCAGGCGGAAAGCUCCACCGGUGUGCAGAUGUAAAUUCGGCCGGGCAGGUCCCCCUGCAGGCGGAUUGUUUGAAAGAGCAGUGGAAAAGAGUCCCCCCCUGACUACUUUUAAACUACUUUUGAACAUUCCUCCUGUAAAGGGACGCGCCCGACUGGAAAAUAUCGGCGCUGAGCACCGGCUGGCCGAGCAUUAUCGCCAGCACCGGUGCGAUGUUGCGGCCUCGACAUGCAGGCACACGGCACUCGUCGGCCGAAGCUAUUGAGCUCCUCACGGAGCUCGGCCGACUGGACACAUGUCGAGAAGCCACAGGGUUUGGUGGGCCUGCGUUCCACCACUUCUCCGAAUUCGGCCGCCUCCACAGAGCUCGGCGAGCACACUCCACCACGAGCUCGGUGACAGGCGUGCAAGCCGCUGGGGCGGCUCCUGUGGCUCGCGCCCCGGCGGCGGAGGCACAGGACCCUUAAAAACAGGCGCCCCGCGGAGGGACAAUGGCGCAGUGCCUCUCCAGUGACAGAAGAGGCCAAAAGAGAAGGGGAGGUGACACGGUAAAGGAAGACGACGACAAGGACGAGGAGUAAUCACCCCCGCCGCGCGGAACAGACAGAUAGCUGAACAGGAGCGGAUCCUGGUAUCAAAUGAAACCAUCUGAGCAACUGUACUGGCACAGUGGCGGGAGUUGCCGCAGGCAGCUGGUACAAAUGGAAGGGUACCCUUGCAAAAGUACUCCAUACUGACGUAGAGGUCCCCUC